AUGGACGGCUCUUUCACCCAUCUUGGGAAUCAUUUCGACGAUACUGCUUCUACCAUUGAGACAUCUUCAGUUUUUGACCUCAAAGCUCGGCGUCAUGACGACGAUGACGAAACUGUUGAUGAAACACUCAGUUUAGCAAGUGUCCCAGUUGGGCGCUCUGCUAUGGGUGACCGGAACUACGGCGAGGAGACCGAUGGGUUAAGCACUAUGGACCCAGAAAUUGAAGCUGAGCUCCCAUCGCAUGCCUGCGCAUAUUGCGGCAUCCACUCAGCGUCAAGCGUGGUUAGAUGUUUAGCAUGUAGUAAAUGGUUUUGCAGCGCAAGAGGAAAUACCUCCUCGUCGCAUAUCAUCAACCACCUUGUCCGCGCUCGCCACAAGGAAGUUUCACUUCACCCUCAAUCACCUCUCGGAGAAACAACUCUAGAAUGCUACAACUGUGGAACGAAGAACGUUUUUCUGCUCGGAUUCAUUCCCGCCAAAUCCGAUACUGUUGUGGUCCUUCUCUGCCGUCAACCUUGUGCUGCUAUGCCAUCAAAUAAAGACAUGAAUUGGGAUACUUCACGCUGGCAACCACUUAUUGAAGACCGCUCUUUCCUCCCAUGGUUAGUUUCUACUCCAGGUGAUGCCGAACAGCUCAGGGCGCGUCAUCUCUCACCCCAAAUGAUUGGUAAGCUUGAAGAGCUAUGGAAAGACAACGCGAAUGCUACGGCGGCCGAUCUUGAAAAGGGUGCUGGAGUCGACGAUGAGCCUGCUCCAGUUUUGCUCCGCUAUGACGAUGCAUACCAGUAUCAGAAUGUGUUUGGGCCGCUUGUAAAAAUCGAGGCAGAUUACGACCGUAAGCUCAAGGAAUCCCAAAGUCAGGAUAAUUUGAUUGUGCGUUGGGAUAUUGGAUUGAACAACAAACAUUUGGCUUCUUUUGUCCUUCCAAAACUGGAGCUUGGAGACGUUAAGUUGGCGGUUGGCGAUGAAAUGCGGCUGCGUUAUGUCGGAGAGUUGAGGGCACACUGGGAGGGAGUUGGUUACGUUAUCAAGAUUCCGAAUAACCAGAGUGAUGAAGUCACCCUCGAGCUUCGCAGGAACGGAGGGGAUAAAUCCGUGCCGACGGACUGUACACUUGCCUUUUGUGCGGACUAUGUUUGGAAGGCGACAAGUUUUGAUAGGAUGCAGCUCGCAAUGAAGAGCUUUGCUGUGGAUGAAAUGAGUGUCAGUGGAUAUAUUUACCAUCGUCUACUUGGUCACUCAGUGGCAGCCGCACCAUUGAAAACGAGUAUGCCAAGGCGCUUCUCAGUUCCUGGCCUGCCAGAACUCAAUGUGAGCCAGGUCCAUGCAGUGAAGAGUGUCUUGUCGAAGCCGCUCUCACUUAUUCAAGGGCCUCCGGGAACCGGAAAAACGGUUACCUCAGCUACGAUCGUCUAUCACCUUGCGAAAUUAAAUGGUGGACAAGUACUGGUCUGCGCGCCUUCUAAUGUCGCAGUUGACCAGUUGACAGAGAAGAUCCAUCGUACAGGACUAAAAGUUGUCCGACUCACGGCAAAGUCCCGCGAGGAUGUCGAGUCUCAGGUCUCGUUCCUUUCUUUACACGAGCAGGUCCGUUUAAAUGACAGCAACGUCGAGCUGGCCAAGCUAGCGCAGCUGAAAAAUGAAUUGGGAGAAUUGUCGUCUCAAGAUGAAAAGAAAUUUAAACAUCUCACCCGGGCCGCCGAACGUGAGAUUCUUACUAACGCAGACGUUAUCUGUUGUACUUGCGUUGGUGCUGGGGAUCCCAGGCUUUCGAAGUUCAAAUUUAGAACAGUUUUGAUCGACGAGAGUACCCAGGCUGCCGAGCCAGAAUGUAUGAUUCCUCUGGUUCUUGGAUGCAAACAGGUUGUCCUUGUUGGCGAUCAUCAACAGCUCGGACCAGUUAUUAUGAACAAGAAGGCUGCGCGUGCAGGUUUGCACCAGUCCCUUUUUGAACGCCUUGUUAUCCUUGGAUGUGCACCAAUCAGGUUGAAUGUGCAAUAUCGUAUGCAUCCUUGUCUAUCGGAGUUCCCCAGCAACAUGUUUUACGAAGGAAGUCUGCAAAAUGGAGUUACGACACAGGAGCGAUUAAGGAGGAAUGUUGAUUUUCCUUGGCCAGUAGCGGAUACUCCCAUGAUGUUUUGGAGCAAUUUGGGAAACGAAGAAAUAUCUGCAAGUGGAACCAGUUAUUUAAAUCGGACAGAAGCUUCGGCAUGCGAGAAGAUUAUUACCAGAUUUUUCAAGGCUGGUGUUCUACCCUCGCAGAUUGGUAUCAUCACCCCUUACGAAGGCCAACGCUCCUAUAUUGUCUCCUCCAUGCAGACAAAUGGCUCUCUUCGCAAGGAACUCUACAAGGAAAUCGAAGUCGCCUCUGUCGAUGCUUUCCAAGGUAGAGAAAAGGAUUAUAUAGUCCUAUCUUGUGUGCGAUCCAAUGAUCAUCAAGGGAUCGGUUUCUUGAACGAUCCCAGACGUCUCAAUGUGGCCUUGACCAGAGCAAAGUUUGGGGUUGUCAUCCUUGGUAACCCGAAAGUGCUAUCUAAACAUCCUUUGUGGCAUUACUUAUUGCUGCACUACAAAGAGAAGAAUUGUCUCGUUGAAGGGCCUCUUAGUAAUCUUCAGGUCUCUUUGAUCCAGUUCUCCAAGCCUAGACAGACUUACCGUGGACCGCAGAGAUAUCAGAUGGCUUACCAGACUGCCCCCGGCGGGGGUGUUCCUACCGGAUCCAGGUUACCCGGCGGAAUUGGACCAGCGGUUACCACUGCUACGAGCCCUUCUACCAAGCUAAAUAGGCAAGGUGAAUACAAUGGCAAUAAUAAUCACGCUAGACUAUCUGAAUAUAAUGACUCCGGAAGUGUUAUCGGAUAUAUUCCAGACGAUGUCAGCUCAAUCCAUUCUGUUGCUGUGACAAGCGCGUUCCCACCAAUGUUCAGAGGGUUUGCCAUGGAAAAUUGGCCUUCCCUUCCUCCACGUGGAACAACAGCUCCUUCUACCAUUGCACCAAGCGAAGCAGAUGUAUCUAUUGCUGGUGCAAGCUCUGUCGCAGGUGGUGGCGUGCCCCUAGGAUCUUCUGCGGGUUCAGUUAUGGGAGGAAAUAAUGGUAUUGGAUCGAAGCAGACAAGUUUGAGCCAGAGUGAUCGUUUGAAGAGAUAUGUUGAAAGCGGAAGGAGCGGUCUCGGUAUGGGAAUGGAUUUGAGCGGCGGAUAUAAAACCGGCGCGGAGGGCAGUGUUUACGGGGGAAGUAGCAUUGGUGGCGGUGUCGGGGUUGGGCUAGGCAGGAGGGGGGAUGUGGAUGACGACGUCCGCAGCGUUUCUACGGCUUUUGCGAGUCAGGUGGGGGUGACGGGAUAUGAUUGA